CAAGAGCAAAAUCAAAAUAAUUUUUUUUUUUUUUUUCGAAGCAGAGAUGUCGUGGCAGAGCUAUGUUGACGAUCACUUGAUGUGUGAGAUCGACGGGAAUCAUCUCACUUCGGCGGCUAUCAUCGGCCACGACGGCGUCGUUUGGGCUCAAAGCGCCACUUUCCCUCAGUUUAAAGUAGAAGAAAUAGCUGCAAUCAUGGAAGAUUUUGAAGAACCAGGAAAACUUGCUCCAACAGGACUACACAUUGGUGGCAUUAAAUAUAUGGUUAUACAAGGAGAACCAGGAGCUGUAAUAAGAGGAAAGAAGGGUGCUGGUGGAAUCACGGUGAAGAAGACGAAUCAGGCGUUGCUGAUCGGGAUAUAUGACGAGCCGAUGACGCCGGGGCAGUGCAAUGUGGUGGUUGAGAGGAUCGGCGAUUAUCUCAUCGAACAGGGCCUCUAAGUUCUAAAUUACUCUGAUUUUCGACAUGCUACAUUAUUUUUCUCUGUUUCAUUGGUGUGUUACAAGUACUUCGAAUAUUAUUUUAUCCCGGGAUCCUGUUGAGGAUU